GUUAUAUAUAAAUAAUUAUAACGGUCGUUUAUGGUCGCCUACUUGGUGUGUGUAUAUAUAUAUGUAUACAUGCGAGAGGCUACAUGCAGUAUCAAAACAAAACGAGAAAUGGAGUUGAUCUACGAUUCCCUUGUUUGGUUAAGCCUUUUCUUAUCACUAGUUCUGAUUCUACGAUUAAAUGGGAAAAAAUGGCGAAACAGAAACAAGAACCUACCUCCAGGGCCUCCAGGAUGGCCACUCUUUGGUAACAUGUUCGAUCUUGGAACCACGCCACACCGCGCUCUGUACGACCUUAAGUUCAAGUAUGGACCUGUGCUCAUGUUAAGGCUAGGAUCCAUUGACACAUUGGUGGUGCAAUCAGCAAAGGCCGCUGCAGAGUUCUUCAAGAACCACGACGCCAGCUUUUGUGAUCGUAAAUCUCCUGAUGUAUUAUCGGCUUAUAACUACGAAGAUGCAUCACUUGCGAUCGGCCAUUAUGGCCCGUUCUGGCGUAUGCUCAGGCGUCUUUGCUCGAUGGAACUCAUGGCCAAUAAGCGACUCAAUGAGACAGCUUCCAUUCGCAGGAAAUGCAUCGAUCAAAUGUUAAGGAGCAUUGAAGAUGAUGCAGUAGCCGCGAAAGAGAGGGGAGAGUCAGGCGUAGUGAAUUUACCUCACUAUUUUUUCCUAAUGUCCUUCAACGUACUUGGCAACCUCAUGCUGUCACGAGAUCUUUUAGAUUCACAGUGCAAAGAAGGGCAUGACUUUUUUCAUUCAAUGGACAAAGUCGCGGAGUGGGUUGGGAAGCCAAAUGUAGCAGAUUUUCUACCAUUCUUGAAAUGGUUAGAUCCCCAAGGUCUGAAAAGGAGCAUGUUGCGAGAUAUGGGAAGAGCCAAGGAGAUUGUGGCAGGUUUCGUGGAACAGAGGAUUAAGGAGCAUAAAUUAGGGAAGGAAGAGACCAAGGACUUUCUAGAUACUUUGUUGGAAUAUGAAGGUGACGGUAAAGAAUGGCAUGAGAAGAUCCCAUAUGAAAAAGUCAUUAUCAUCGUAUUGGAAAUUUUUUUUACUGGCACAGAGACUACAAGCACAACAAUAGAAUGGGUCAUGGCAGAGCUACUUAACAAUCCUGAAGUCAUGAGAAAGGUUAAAGAAGAACUCAAUGUAGUUGUUGGAGAAAACAGAAAGGUUGAAGAGAGUGACAUAGAGAAGUUGUCAUAUUUGCAAGCUGUUUUAAAAGAAACACUUAGGUUGCAUCCUCCAGUUCCUCUACUCCUUCCAAGAAACACUAUACAAGAUACAAAUUUCAUGGGGUACCACAUAACCAAAGAUACACAAGUUUUUGUGAAUGUUUGGGCAAUAGGAAGAGACCCAAAUUCUUGGCAAGAUCCCUUCACCUUUAAGCCUGAGAGAUUUUUGGGUUCAAACAUAGAUUACAAAGGACAAAAUUUUGAGUUGAUUCCAUUUGGAUCAGGGAGGAGGAUUUGUGUAGGUAUGUCAUUAGCUCAGCGGUUAGUUUCCUUGGGUCUGGCAUCUUUAAUUCAUGAUUUUGAUUGGGAACUUGACAAAAAUUUAACCCAUGAGACCUUGGAUAUGAACGAAAGGAUUGGCAUAACAGUGAGAAAGCUCCAACCCUUGUAUCUCAUACCCAAAAAACGUCCAAGGACUAUAGUUGUCUAGCCAAUUAAACAUCCUAUCGUAUCCAAGUGUGUGGUUAUCGUAUUAUAUAAACUAGAAUAAAUAUUGUCAACUUCAAGUUUAAUAUAUAUCAAAUAAUGACAAAACACUCCAAAAAGAAAGUUUAGUCUA